AUGCUGGAACAAAAUCAAAUAGAGUUAGCCUGGGAUGGACUCGAUGAAGCGUCUGACGCCACCCAAGCUUCCAUUAUGGCUUUAGUAAAAGCUUUUUCGGAACGAGGGGUAAAGCAAUGGUUAACUUCGAGAAACAACUUAAAAAAUAAUUUGGAAAAGACGUUACUUACAUUUUCGCGAAAUAUAAUGCAGUUUAAUGAGGAGGAGCAACGAAGUUAUAUUCGAGAUCGUUUACAAAUUCCCGAAGAUAAGUUGAUUGAGACUUUUAGUAAAAUAAGGGAAAAUAUAAUGGCUUAUCCAAAUUACGAAAUUUUGGGCAUUCCCCUACAAAUUUACAUGUUAACAGAAUUAUUUUCAAAAGAUUUAAACAAAUAUCUCAAUUUGUUAGGCGGCAAUUUUACUGUUCUCAAACUGUAUAAUCAUUUCGUCAAAGAAAAAUUCAACGUUUUAUAUGCGGAGAAAAAAGAAUUUUGUUUAUCGAAUGAAUCCAAUUACCAACAUUUUGUAAAUGAAAAGGAAAAAAAUCCUAUCAACGUAAAAUGCAAUCUUGACGAAGAAGUUAAAACUUUUUUGAACAAAAUUAAAAAUGAAGGCGAUGAAGUAGGAAUCAUAAGCCGCGUUAAUUCUAACAACGAGGUUGAAUUCGUGCAUAAUUCGUUCGGGGAAUAUUUUGCAGCUUUAUAUCUCUCUAUUUUAUAUAAAAAUCCUUCAAUUCUGGGGGAACUCACUGAUGCAGAUUUAAAGGAAAAAGAUUUCAUCGGUCGCGACAUUUUAGAAGUGGCUUGUGCAUACAGUAAAAAUUAUCCAGUUUCGAAAAAUGACACUGUUUUAACAAAAUCCGAUUUUAACGAAGAUUGGACCAUGUACAAUAGCAUUAAUCCAAGGAGUGUUCUGGGAUUAGCUCUUUAUAAUCGAUCAACGCAAAUAUUAAGAAAACUGUUUUCCAAAAAGGAAGACUAUUUCGAAUGGGAUUUUGUAGAAUAUUUAGGGGAUUCGGUAAUGGAAAUUGACGAAAUAUUUACUUUUAUGUUAGAGUUGCAAGAGUUUCAAAUAGAAGUUCCUAAUUUGAAAGGUCAGUUGUUGAUUCAUUAUGCAUGUGAGAAUCGCCUAAUUAAAACGUUAAGUUUAUUAUUGGUUAAAAGUCCGAAUGUGGAUGUUCGGGAUAGAAGUGGUCGACUACCGAUUCAGUAUGCUUGUGAACAUGGUGAUUUAGAGUCAGUAGAAUUAUUGGUGAGAAAUGGUGCAAAAUUGAAUGUUUCCGAUGAAAAUGGUCUUCUGCUCAUUCAUUACGCUUGCAAAAAUUGGUUAAAUGGAUACAGAAUUAUACCAUUUUUGAUUGAAAAAGGUGUGAAAGUAGAUUCUGCAGAUGGAAAUAGUCGACUGCCGAUUCAUUACGCUUCUGAAUAUGGAAAUUUAGAUGCCAUGAAGUCACUGGUAAAGAACGGAGCAAAGGUGGAUGUUCCUGAUAAGAAUGACAAAAAGCUGCCCAUACAUUACGCGUUUGACAAAAUCUUGAAUGCGGACUCCAUUGUAUCAUUUUUGAAAGAAAAUGGUGCAAAUUUAAAUUCCCCAGAUGGGUUUGGUCGACUGCCGAUUCACUACGCUUGUGAAUAUGGAUCUUUAGGCGCAGUAAAGUUGCUGGUAGACAAUGGUGCAAAACUGAAUGUUCUGGAUGGGCAUGGUGCGAAAAUAAAUUCACCAGAUCACGAUGGUCGGCUACCGAUUCAUUAUGCUUGUGAAUUUGGAGAUUUGGAUCAAGUAAUGUUGCUUAAAACGAAUGGUGCGAAAGUGGAUAUUCCUGAUAGAAAUGGUCGACUACCCAUGCAUUACGCGUCUAAAAAUCGUUUUAAUGGACACAGAAUUAUGACCUUUUUGAUAAGAGAAGGAGCGAAAGCGGCAAUAUCAUUGAAUAAUUCGCACAUUAAUGCAAUAGGCGAUCUUACUAAUACGUUGGUCCUGCUUGAUUCACAAUAG